ACAACGAAUACGAUGAUGAACUAUGGUACGUUAAUUUUAGAGUAACAAGACAAACAUUCGACUUCGUUUUAAAUACAGUAAAAGACGAUUUAAUUCAUGAGAACACUGUCAUGCGAGAAGCAAUUUCGGCAAAGCGACGACUUGCAAUUACGUUGUAUUUUGUUUCAUCUACGGCCGAGUAUAAAACCAUUGGUAACCUCUUUGGAGUUUCGCGAUCUUUUGUGUUUAUGUGUAUCAGAGAAGUUUGUAGCGUUAUCACGAAAGGAUUGUCCAAAUUCAUCAAAUUCCCGCGCGGGCAACAAUUAUGGCAGGUCAUUGAUGAUUACGAAAGUAGAUGGGGCUUUCCUAUGUGCGCGGGGGCAAUUGACGGCACCCAUAUUCCCAUAAUUGCACCAACCGAGAGUCGUACAGAAUACGUGAAUCGGAAAGGUUUCCACAGCAUAAUAAUGCAAGCUGUUGUUGAUAGCAACUAUUUGUUUCGUGAUGUUGUGGUCGGAUGGCCAGGAAGUGUACAUGACGUUCGCGUUUUUUCUAAUUCCGCAAUAUUUAGGAAAGGGAACGAAGGAAAACUUUUCCCUUCAAAUUUCUCCAGAGAAAUUAAUGGAGAAGAUAUAUCACCUGUUAUUUUGACCGAUCCCGCAUAUCCACUUUUAUCGUGGCUUAUGAAAGGUUUUUAUGCGAAGGGUGAUUUAUCCCGAAAAGAGCGGUUGUUUAAUUAUCGCUUAAGUCGCGCCAGAAUGACGGUGGAGAACACGUUUGGCAGAUGGAAAGGGCGAUUCAUUAGAUUUGGAAAACGCGUUGACAUGGAGGUACAAAACGUAGUUACCGUUGUGUUGGCGUCAUGCAUCUUGCACAACAUUUGCGAACUUGGAGGUACAAAACGUAGUUACCGUUGUGUUGGCGUCAUGCAUCUUGCACAACAUUGGCAGUUCCAGCUGACGACGACGUGGAAGAUAUACAAGAAAGUGAAGAAACGGAUGGACUGGACAUUCGAGCGAUACUUGCUGAUUACUUUGCGUAAAAAUACUGAUUAUCGUGAUUAA